AUGACAGCUUCAAAACUAGACUCUUUCAGAUUUGGUGUGGCAGCAGCCUCCCUCGGGAUGCACCCAAGUCAUACAUUGGAACAAAAAUUCGCCGCACUCCGAAACGCCGGUUUCAAGUACACAGAAGUCGGGUUCGCUGGAUAUAUCGACUGGUUGAGACAAGAAAUCCCAGACCUUCCGGAUAGCACUUGUCCAGAAGCUUGGGGAGAAGGCGGUGAGCCUGAUCCUUCCGACGACGAAUUAUGGGAAGCAAUGUAUAAAAAAGCGGAUGACCUUGUAGCGUUGGCUGCCAAGUAUGAUCUCAAGGUAUUGAUGCUUCAGCCCCUCAAUCAAUAUGAAGGAUGGCCGCAAGGGUCGGAGAGAGAAGAGUGGGCCUGGAGAAAGGCUCAACGUUGGCUCAUAUUGUGUUCAAAGAUCGGUGUCGAGCAGAUCCAAGUGGGUUCUGAGGACAAACCGGACGCCAAUGCCCCUUAUGAGAAAAUCGCCAAAGAUCUAUACAAGCUUGCUGAUUUUGCCGCCAGAUUGAAUCCGCCCGUCAAAAUUGCAUACGAAUCUUGGUGUUUCGGCGAUAGACUGGGCAGCUGGGAGGAGACCUGGAAAUUGGUACAAUUGGCGAACCACCCUAACCUCGGGUUAUGCUUGGACACUGCUCAAUUCCCUUUAUCUCCCGAUUACGGUUAUAAAGUGCGAACCGGAGAAGGAUACACCGACCAACAAUUUGAUGAGAUGCUUCAACGUAUGUCACAAGUACCAGGAGAAAAGAUAUUCUACGUCGAGCUGUCCGAAUGUGUAAAACCUGUUGUACCACUUGGACAAGGUUCACCUUUUGAUACAUGGGCAGAGAAGGCACAGUCACCAAGAGGUGAUCGAUUUGUAUGGGCUAUAUGCGGACGACCUGUACCCUUUAUUGGAAGAGAUGCGGGUAGACAGGUUCGGACCCAGGAGGAUUAUGGACGAGCAAGAGUUGCCGAUUGCCUUAAAGUCAUCCUUGACUCUGGAUUUAACGGCCCGAUCAUGUUCGAGUUCUUUGAAGCUAUUUCGAUGGAAAGAGGAGACGAGAAUGUGCCCGAAAUCUACAGCAACGCUGCUGCCAAAUCUUUGAAACAUCUCAAGACUCUUUUUUAG